CGCACUUCUUGUCAUGACUAAAAAUUUCCGAACUCUUAAGCAGUCACUUCCUAGGAGAGCGUGAACACAUAAAUCAUCUUCCUUUGAGUUUUUGCGCGCAGCUCUCUAUCUUCUCUAUCUUCAACAAACAAGGUAUGCAACGGGUUAAAGAGCGGGGCUUCGGAGUCCUCCUCUCUUGUUCGCCACGAUGAACAAAUGAACUCUUGGGGAAUGAAAUUUAAAUUCCAUAAAGGAGAAAAAGUUCUCUGUUUUGAACCUGACCCAUCCAAGGCCAAGGUGCUCUACGAUGCGAAGGUUGUUGACAUCGCAACAGUGAAAGAUGACAAAGGGAAAAGGGUCCCAAAGUAUCUGAUUCAUUUCAAUGGUUGGAACAGAAGUUGGGAUCGCUGGGCUGCAGAGGAUCAUGUGCUCAGAGAUUCUGACAAUAAUCGCAAAUUACAACGUAAACUGGCACGCAAAGCUUUGGCUCGCAUGAGGAAAAAGGGAUGGAAGAAGCGACGCUGUCGUCUGCCGGGUGUUAACUCAAUCUCGAAAUCCCUCACUGAAGAGGAAAAGGAGAAGAGUGAUGAUGCUUCUUUGAUCUCGCCAUCUGAUGAUAGUGACAAAGACAUUUCAGAUCAGGAGUCCUUAAAAAGUGAGAGUGACUCAUCAGAGGAUAUGAACAAUAUGAGGGAAGAGCAGGAGCCGCAGACCAAAAAGGAGAGUGAAGACAAGAGCAUCACUGUAAACAUUGACAUCCCUGAUGUUCUCAAGAAGAAGCUGGAGGACGACUGUUAUUAUAUCAACAAAAGAAAGAAGCUGGUGAAGCUUCCAUGCCUGGUGAAUGUAGUAAAUAUUCUGGAGUCCUAUGUGAAGCACUUCACCCUAAAUGCAGCUUUCUCAGCUAAUGAGCGCUGUCGGCACCCUCAGAGCUCCCUGCAGACAAAUAUGAGUCCACACUAUAUGCCACCUGAGAGGAAGUAAGUUGCAACCAAAAGAUAUUUCUUAUACAGCUUUCUGUAUAUUAUUAUUUUGGAGAAGGGGAGGAGUUUCCACUGCGAUUCUUGCAAUGUAGAGUGAAAGCUCGAUAAGGGAACCCUCUUCUCACUGGUGUUGCCACAUGUACAUUAACCAGUAAGAAAAUGUAAUCGCCGUCAAACCCUAUUUAACUAUGAAAUAAACAGUUUAAUAUGAGCUCUUAAUUAUACAUAACAACAAAUGAUUUUCAGAACCAAUUUUAGUACCACAGCAAAAAGAAAAGAAAAUAAUUAAUGAUA